UUCUAUAUAAACUGAGGCUGAUUUCUGCAUUUCCCAGAUCAGACUCUGCCGAGAUGAAGACUCUCAUUUGCUUAACUACUUUAUUUAUCCUGGCAGCAGUGCAUGCUGGAACAGAAGAAGAAAGUGCUUUAGGGGAAAAGGUGGGUAAUUCUUGUUCUAUAAGAAUGAAAAAUGGGGGCAAAUGUGAUGAAGAUGGCAACUGCCCCUACCAGAUAAACCUACCAUCCAUGACAAUUCAGCUACCAAAACAGUUCCAACUCCUUGAAAAGACAAUCAAGGAGGUACAGAGCCUUAAGGAAAUAGUAAAUGCCCUAAAGAAAUCCUGUCAGGAUUGCAAGCUGCAGGCAGAUGAUACCCCAGAAAAAGACAAUGGGCAACAAAAUCCAGAGUCUACUAAUGGGGACCAGGACAACAAUAUACACGAGUUGCAAUCAAAGGUGAAGAAGAUGUCAAUCAGUCUGAAAAAUGCCAGAAAUCAGAUAAACUCUCUUCAGGAGCAGCUGGGAAAGAUGAGCCCUAUUAAUAUGAACACUAUAGAGCAAUAUGUGGACACGAAAAUGAUUAACCUUUCAUUUGCUCUCAACAAUUUAGACAACAAAUGCUCAAGCAACUGUCCAGUACUGGAAGCCAACCCAAGUAUCCAACUUCUAUACAAGGAUUGCUCUGACUACUAUAAGAUAGGUAAAAAGGUGGAUGGACGUUAUAGAGUGACACCGGAUGAAAAGAACAAAACAUUUGAAGUAUACUGUGACAUGGAAUCUAUGGGAGGAGGAUGGACAGUGGUGCAAAUACGCAAAGAUGGAAGCACAAGUUUCAAUCGGACUUGGAAUGAAUAUAAAAAUGGUUUUGGGAAUCUUACUGGAGAGUUUUGGUUAGGAAAUGAUAAGCUGCAUCUUUUAACCAAAAGCACUGAUAUGAUACUAAGAAUUGAGCUUGAGGAUUUUAAGGGUAAUAGAGAAUAUGCUAAGUAUGAUCAGUUUUACGUAGCCAAUGAAUAUCUUAAAUAUCGGCUAACUAUUGGUGGCUACAGUGGUACAGCAGGUGAUGCUUUACAUUUUAGUAAGCAAUACAACCAUGAUCAGAAAUUCUUUACUACACCUGAUAAAGACAAUGACAGAUAUCCCUCUGGAAACUGUGGAUCGUAUUAUAGUUCUGGCUGGUGGUUUGAUGCAUGCAUGUCUGCUAAUCUUAAUGGCAAAUACUAUAAGAAUGACUACAAAGGAGUGCGUAAUGGCAUUUUCUGGGGUACCUGGACUGGUGUCUCAGAUGAACAUCUUAAUAGUUACAGGCAAACUUUUAAAUUUGUUAAAAUGAUGAUCAGACCAAAAAGCUUCAGGCCCUAAUAAAAAGUUACAUGAAA